AAUGAAAGAUAAAGGAACUUAAUAUCCAUGAAUGCAAAUUCGUAGACGGUAACGGUUUGUCGUAGAUUUUCGUACCUUUGACUCGUGCCCCUUCCGGAGUCAAGGCAUGACCCCAUAUACAUCGGAUUUCGUAUAACGGCCAUUGAUAGGGGCAACUUUGUCAUACAAAUGUUGAUAUAAUCCCUUCUCCUCGGCAGCUGCAAAAUUUUAAUCUUUGACACCUUGCAUUCUACACUCCACAAAAUUCCCGCUAGUGCCCGUUACCAAAAGUGGGUUCUCAAAACCUCUCAACACUCGUGUACGCAUCACAUCAUAUUGCCAGACUUCCAGCGGUAGCUCUGUAUAGCAUCAUCUAUUCACAUUGCGAAGUCUCGAAGUUCGCGCUUGCCGAAACAUCACUAUGUCUUCAAGAUCUUCCACAUCAGAGCCGCCGACACCCUCUUCUCCACAGUCGACCCGCUCAUGCGCCAACUGCCACAAGACAGAAACUUCUAUGGGAAGCUUUCCCAGCUGCGAACGAUGCAAAACUCCGUAUUGUUCUCGUGAUUGCCAAAAGGCUAAUUGGCCAAUUCAUGAACCGAAUUGUAAAGAGCGCUACAAAUUCAGUAUCACGAUACACGGCGACACCAUUCCGGAUGGUUUGGAUAUCGAGGCUUUGAAAAAAAGGGCCGAACAAGAUGGAAAGGAAUUUCAGUUUAUACAUCUGUCUUCAGGUCAAAAUGGCAGGAGACAGACAGCAGUUUGCGAUUCGAGCAGAGAAAAGAAAUAGAAGGUCGCAGUUGGAAAGCGACUCAGAUUCAUGGUCGGACAAGCGGACAUGGUGGUAUCAUUGAAUUGGUGCGUCGGUAAAGAGGAGGGUCUAGGCUUUGUUGGGAUUGAGAAAAAUGGUUUGCAGAGUUGAAAGUAGGCUGAAGAUAAGAAUUGUUACUGGGCGAUAGAAACGCGUAAUGAACUGAAAUGAUUUUCGGGGAUAUUUGGAUGGAGUUGUUCGUCAAUUGGAGUACGCAUG